AUGACAGUGAGUAAAUCUCAAACAGCAAAGUUGUAUGGUAUUUGUACUUCUACUGAACAUCCAACUGACACAUGUCCUAUUCUUCAAGAUGAGUCGGUCACUCAGUUGCCUCAAGCAUAUGCAGCUAACUUUUUCAACCAAAGAAACAAUCAGAAAGGAUACAACAUUCCUGACUUGUCCACCAACAAAUAUCAUCCCAAUUGGAGGAACCAUCCAAACCUUCGAUAUGGAAACCAACAACCCAUCCAACAACAAUUAGUCAUACCUCUGCCACAACCACAGACCACUCUCCAAGUCUCCACCUCUGCACCUUCUGAACCUUCAUUAGAGGAUCUUGUCAAACAAAUGGAUAUUGGAAAGCUUGCCACUUCGAUGAAUGUCAUGCAGCAAGCCCAAGGAUCAAACGAACUUUCUGCCCAAACGAUUAUGAAUCCAAAAGACCCUAAUGCUAAUGUGAGUGAAAUUUCCUUGAGAUUCGGGAAGGUAACACCUGAACCUUCUUCCAUUGUGAUAGAAACUGAACCCUCUGUUGUGGUAGAAACUGAAAAAGAAAAAGAGAAGGAGUAUGUGCCACCAGUUCCCUUCUCACAUAGAAUACUGAAAAAUAAAAGGACUGAUGAUGGAGACAAGGAGAGAGAGAUUUUAGAUGUGUUCAGAAAAGUGGCGGUAAACAUUUCGCUUCUUAAUGUUAUUAAGCAGGUUCCAAAGUAUGCAAAAUUUCUAAAAGACUUGUGCACAAGUAAGAGAAGGUUGAAGGGAAAUGAGAGAGCCAUACCCCAAAAGUGCAAGGAUCCAGGAACUUUUGUUAUUCCAUGUACCAUUGGGGAUAGUAAAUUCGAAAUUUGCAUGCUUGAUUUGGGAGAGGGCAUUAAUCUUAUGCCUACUUCUGUUUAUAAUAACCUUGAUCUUGGUCCUUUGCAGCAUACAGGUGAAGUUGUCCAUGAAGUUGUUUAUGCAGUUGAAGCUCUCGACAUCCCGGUUGUCCCAAACACCCCAUCCAUUGAGCAACCACCUUCCCUAGAGCUGAAAAAACUCCCUGAAAAUCUGAAAUAUGCUUAUUUAGAUAGUAAUGAAAAACUUUCGGUUAUAAUUUCUUCUAACGUUGAUGUCGAUCAAGAAAAUAAGCUUUUGUAG